AUGAAUGGUGAUGUAGGCAAUAUCGGUGCUCCAAAUGCAAUGCAGCAUGUGAGGUAUAUGUGGAGACAAAUAUAAAGAAGAAAACGCUAAUGGUGAAGUAAGUACUGUAUAUAUGCAAAGAAGAUAAGGUAUUGUACUUACAUUUGCUAAAGCAAGACUUGCUCUAGUUAAAACAGCAUGGGUGGUAUAAUCCCCACCUAAGGAUAUGUUGGUACCAGAGAGCAAGAAGGAAAAAUAAAAUAAAAAGAAAAUGGCUAUAAAAAGCAAGUUUUUAUUUAAAAAAAUUAAUAAUAAUAGUAAAAAGUAUUAUAAUGGAUGAAGAAAUCUCACUUGACGCGUUUCGCCUGUCCAAGGCUUUUUCAAAGGUGUGAGAUAGUCCUUACAAUGCUUAGUUUAUAUAUGGAAGUCUUUAUUGUGAAUUGUCUGCCUGGUGUGUCCAAUUUCCGGUUUCGUUGGAACGCACGAGUCGUACUGGAAGUGACGCAACAUUAAUAUUGUAAUGAUGAUGUUGGAGAGCUGUUUCUCGGGCUCCUGUUUCACCCUUUUGGAACGCACACAUCACACCGGAAGUGACGCGGUGGAGUUCCAUUUCUGGGUGUUAUCCUUUGACUACUAUCACGUCUAAUUGGAACGCACGUAUUGCCAUGAUGGACGCGGUAUAUGCCAUUUUCAUUCUACUAUUUGUUCAUUCACGAGGUUUGGGAAUCCUUGUAUUGUGUACUGCAGCCCACACAAAUAGACCUAUUAAAUUAUAGUGAGUGCCUAAUAUUUUUUGCUUUUACACUCUAUAACAUAUCUUACACACCCCAUAUAUAUACCUUGCACACCAAAUACAGAUACCUAGCACACCCCAUACACAUACCUUGCACACCCCAUAUGAAUACUUUACACACCAUAUACACAUACCUUACAAACCUCAUAUACAUGCCACACAUACCUUGUGUAACAGCUACCCAAGGGGGUAUCAGCCGUUGGAGACGUCCUUUUCCUGGCAAGCUGCUGUGUAGUAAUGGAGUUUCUUAUUCCCAUCCACGAGAUCCAAGAGUAAAGCCAGGUAUAGCUGUAAAAUAGAGCAAGAUAAUUGUGCAGUAAAUCUCCUUCCAAGAACGAGACGAGGCUACGUUUUGAAGGGUCAAGCAGAACUAACUUUUAUUGACAGGGAUUCUCCUUUUAUGCAAUUCUGCCCUUGGGAGGGCGACACCCACAUAAUUAGCACAAUACCCAAUCACAUAUAAACAGUUAACAUAAUUAACACACACACAUUUUUACCCAAGUUUUGGAUGUACCCCAAAUAUCCCUCAUGUAGGGGAACAACAUAUUAAAAAAUCAUCCCAUUCGGUGAAAGCGUUCGGGAGUUAUGGGACUUUAAAGUUUUGACCGACCGCAUAGGCACACUAGCCGAAAAUAGUUCCAUAAGUUUUGGCCUUGCGGUCAGAUUUGAAUAGAAGAAAGGCCAAGUUGAUGGAAACAUUUCCAUAAAGUCCAAAAAUACAAACUAAAUUGAUAUUAGAUCACUUUAAGGAUACAUGUAUGCAAAUAAAAAUUAGAUAUAUGGUUUAAAAUGGGAUAUUCUGAUAAGCAUUAUUGCAGUGUUUUUAUAUUACACAAUAAAAGGGGCAUGCAACAUAUGUAAAUAUCCAAAUAUUGGGGAAAAACAUGAUAAGCCGAGAAGGCAGUAAUAUUAUAGGAUUUCAAGGUAUUUUGUGAGCAAAGGGUUAUUCAAGGAUAUUGGCAGACCUCGAUGGGUUGUACGAGCUAAGUAAAUAUGAUAUGUAGUUUGGAGUAUAGUUGAGGAUAGUCAGUUUCCAUUUGCACGCUAAAAACAUAGGACGUCCCUGUAAGUAUUAAAAAAGAGAAGAACUGCGACAAGUGUGGUAAGCCUGGUAACACCUUUUAUUUCGGGAUGUGAGGGGAUACAUUUGAGAGAGAUGAAAGUUGACUUUCAGAGAUUAAGGAUCCUUGGUCUUUUGGCAUGCCGGGGAGGAUAGUAUGAGGUGAACACAAAAAAGAUACCAGGAACAAAACCUUAUGAACCUUAUCAAGAUUUUUUUUGAGGGCAAAAUAUCUCUUGCAUGAAAGUUGUUCCUUUUGCAUGUGGAGAACAACAUUAUAACAAAUAAGAUUUGUGAGUGGGAGACGUUAUGAGUUGAUGAUACUAAAGAGGCUCUCCGUGAUUUGAGAUAAGUAGUGACAAGAAAAGUUUAGAAGUUUAGACCAAUAAAGCCUGAUAACAUGUUCAGUGUAGCUGCCACUGUAUUCAAACUUCCCAACAAACUUUAGGUAGGAGUCACACAUGUUGUCAAGAUAACUCCAAGUUUAUCACCAGGUUUAUGUGAUGAAGAGGUUGUGAUUUGAGUUGUGAGGGUUGCAAAGAAAAUGAGGAAUGGGGACCUUUCAGUGCUGAUGUUGGGUUUACCAAGUGUUUUUACCCAAAAUAACCUCAAAAUUAAUAAUCAGAGUAUUUUAGAAUUUAGGAUUUGUCCCCAUACAUUUCUGAGCCUGUGAUGUAAAGAUCACAAUUUAAUAGCAAAAUAGGCCUACUGUUAAAUGAAGGCUUUAUUUUAUAAGCUCGUCGAGCAGGGUCCUCAUCAACCUAAUGUUCCUGUAACAUUUUGUACUUGUCUCAUUUAUUGUUAAAUUUACCCCCCUUUAUAAUAUGUUGGUGCAAUAUAAAUGCGAAAUAAAAUAAUAAUAAUAAUAAUAAUACCGAAUUUUUGCAGUAUUGGCCAUUUUCACAUCAACUAUUGAAUUUGUCACUUUGUUGGUAAAAUUGUAAAAUCCAGGUACGCCCUACACACAAUGAACAUAGGGAAUGGUAGAAUAAUUGGCUCGCAGCACGAUAGCAGGGUUAUAAAUAUCAGGUAUCGUAUUUAGGUAUUUCCAUUGAACAUGGAUAUUACAUUUCUGGGAUCUUUGCUCCUCACCCUGCUGGUCUCCUGUCUCCUGAUUUACUCAACAUGGAAUAAAAUGUAUCAAAAAAGGAACUUACCCCCUGGUCCAACACCGCUACCUCUGCUGGGAAAUAUUCUUCAAAUCAAGAGGGGAGAGAUGGUGAAAUCAUUGUUAGAGGUUAGUGUUCAAAUGUAUAGAAUCUUAACAAAACAAAAAACUACAUAUAGAAAACCAAUAAAUUCAAAUAAUUAUUUACCAGUAACCUGUUCUUAAAUGGAAUGUGAUUUCGUAUUAACGAGUUGUUCAUGUUGAAGGACUUAAUAUGCAGAUCCCUAAUGCUAUCAUUUUAAUAGUAUUUGUGUUUAUCUUGAGAAUACUUACACAGUUAUUAAUGGGGAACCAACAUUUUUAGAUUAUAUUUUUUUUUUUCCCUACAUUAAAAAGUAUGUGUUUGUGAGGUCUGUCAAUCACUGUCGGAUUUGUAUGCAGCACCUGUCAGUCAGCAUAGCGAGAGCACAGAUUGACAGAAACAAUGCACAAUGUGCCCUGGCUGUGCCUACAUUGAACUUGACUAAAUUGGAUGGAUUUUUGGGUAAAUCUUUCAUGUACAUUUAAACAAAAAAUAAGUACUGUUUAUACUCGAGUAUUAGACGAGUUUUUCGGCACAUUUUUUGUGCUGAAAAACCCCACUCAUCUUAUCCUCAAGUCACUGUCUGUAUUAUGGCAACUUACAUUGCCAUAAUACAGACCAGAACCGCCGGGCUUGUUGGGGGCUGGCAGAGAGCUGUUACUUACCUUUCCUGCAGCUCCUGUCAGCUCACUUCUCUCUCCUCCGGUCCAGUCAGCUCCCCUGUCAGCUCCCACUGCAAGUCUCGCGAGAGCCGAAGGGGUUACCGGGCAACGCUCCGCGCGGCACUCACACCGCGAGACUUACAGUGCACACACACUGCAUUCAUACACACACACUGCACUCAUACACACACACACUGCAUUCAUACACACACACUGCACUCAUACACACAUACACUGCAUUCAUACACACACACUGCACUCAUACACACACACACUGCAUUCAUACAAACAUACUGCAUUAUAUACACACACUGCAUUCAUACACAUACACUACAUUCAUACACACACACUGCAUUCAUAGACACACUGCAUUCAUACACACACACUGCAUUCAUACACACACACACUGCACUCAUACACACAUACACUGCAUUCAUACACACACACUGCACUCAUACACACACACUGCAUUCAUACACACACACACACACUGUAUUCAUACACACACUGCAUUCAUACAAACACACUGCAUUACACACACACACACACACACACACACUGCAUUCAUUAUAUACACACACUGUAAAUAAAUAUUCAGUUAAUAUAAUUUUGGGGGAUCUAAUUGAAUUUAGAAAUUUACCAGUAGCUUCUGCAUUUCCCACCCUAGUCUUAUACUCGAGUCAAUACGUUUUCCCAGUUUUUGGGGGUAAAAUUAGGGGCCUCGACUUAUAUUCGGGUCGACGUAUACUCAAGCAAAUACGGUAUCAAAAAAUGAGCAUCGAAAAUUUUUUAGCACAAGUUAUAGAUGUUUUUUUUUUUAUAUUUAAUUCAUUGAUAAGAACUGAUGGUUUUGUAUAAAUCAGGAAAGAUAUCAUGACUGAAUGAUAUCAUGUCAUAGAUUUUUUUUCCCAUUGGUAUGUUUUUGUUUUCUAUCUCCACUGGAUUUUUUAAAUCCAAGGGCUAAUGCAUAACUUCAAAAUAAGCAUACAGUACAGUGUUGCAACCACAUAACAGAUGAAAAUGGAGAAAUGUAUCUGUAAGCCUCCUACAUUCAGAAUGCAUGAAAUACAGGGGAGAGUAGGGGGACAGAAAACUAUUUUUUUAAAAACAUUUUUAAAAGGUACGCGUUUCACAUCUCUCUCCCAAACUUGAUGUAUGUGGCAGUGGCUAGCCACAACAGUGACUUAACUGACCACCUCACCCGUCUCGAACUAGGAUGAAUUUCUCAUGGGCAUUCCAUUGCUUUACGUGCUUCCUGUAGAUGUAUUUUCAUGUUUUAUUAUAAGGUUAGUCACCUAGUCAUCUUCAACAUGCAAGGUUGGUGGUUUUCUCUUUGACACGUCUUGCAUCCAUGUAAAUGCAGACAGCGUUCCAUGUAUAAUAUGCGUACCAGAAGCUCACUAUUUCUUUUAGAAAAUAUAAUUAAAUACAUUGUGCGUCUCUUGUUGUGACUGUGACACAUUGAUUAGUGAUACAACAUGUUUUUAUUUCAUUUCUCGAGAUUUUUACUAAUAUGUUUACUUAUCCCUAUAUUUAACAAAUAUGUGUUUGUAAUAUCAGAAAAUAAAAUUAAUUGUAUCAUCCACACUGGUAACCUUAGCUCUACCCUGGAAUAACGUGAUUCCAUAUCUAUCAGGUUCUGUGAUAAACUCUGACCUUUGCAGUUGGCAAUCAGUACAGAGAGACAAAAGCCAAGACAAUGUUACAGUCUCUCUUCCUCUAAUGAACUGUGUGCCAGGCUGUGCCAGGACUCACCCGGAUUGUGACAUCAAUUGCUAAAUAUCUGGUACAUUCCAAAAAUUGUUUUUUGCCAAAAACAAUAAUACAAGUCAUGGGCCAUUUUCAUGGUUUUAUUCUGUUGUGUAAUAUCUACAAAUGACCAGGGAGGUUUCAACAUACUUGUUUCUCUACUAUUCGUGUACUUUUCUUGUUAAUAAUAUGAAUCGAGCGUUUUAUUAUUUAUUUCUUUUUUAAUUUUAUCCUAUACGUUUCUGUCUUUUUCUUUUAUUGCUUCAGUUUGGAAAAAAAUAUGGUCCGGUUUACACCAUUUACUUUGGUCCAAGGCGUGUAGUGGUGCUAUGUGGGUACCAGGCAGUUAAAGAAGCACUAAUUGACCAAGCAGAUGAGUUUAGUAAUCGAGGAAAUCAAUCAAACAUAGAUAGCUUUUUCCAAGGAUUUGGUAAGUUUUUACCCUGAUUGGUUUCAAUUUAAUUAACUUAAUACAGUGGCCAUCCAUCAAUUUAUCCAACAAUGAAUCCAUCCAUUACUCUCUCCCAUAGACAGUGCAAGUCUUGCUUCCACGUACUUCUUACAUACAUGUUCCACUUGCCUCUUAUUAAGGCAUAUCAUUGUCAAAGUACUAACACACUCAAGGCAAGGAUUGUUGGACCGUUAUCCCAAUCAUACAGUAUAUGUAUGGUCUUCAUACAUUAUCAUUUCCUUUACCUGAUCCAGGUGUGUUUAGAAAGGGUUUUAAUUUCCCACCUAUUCAGGUAGACAUUGAGCGUAUAAUUGAACUAUUAUCUAUAUUCUUGUAUAGACCGAUAUACGUUAUUUGCUGGGUUAUUAUCACGGUAAUGUUAGCUGCUAUUUAUGUUUUUGAGUUCUUCGCACUGUAAUCCAGGUAUCAGACGUUUCCAUUUCUAAGACAGGGCAGUGUUCCUGGUAUAGGUAAUCCAGCCAUACCUGAGAUCAAGUUUACUGAGUAAUAAUUAUCAGUUUUGACAUUGUUGUGCCAUUAUUGUGUCUGGACUCAUGGUACCAUUUUAUUUCCAUCUGAUUCCAUAUUCACAAUAUGAUAUUUUAUUUUCACUUCGUUCUUCAAUUAUCAUUUUAGCUUCCUUUGUGUUUUUGGACCUAAGUAGCCUUAAACAAUUCUAUGAAUUCACAUGUUUUUGUUGUACUUUGACAUAGAUUAAACCUUACCAUGAUGCGUAUUAUUGAUCUAAGACAUACAAACAUUUACCAUUAUAUAUGUCAAUGUUCUAAGACAUGUGUCUGGGAAAAUUGCUCCCCUUGCCACUAGGAUAGAGUGGAAUGUGGGGUAACAGCACAAUACUAAACUAAUACAUGUAACUACAUUAUUUUAAUAUUAUUGUAUACUAAUUCUUGUGGCAUUAGUACAAAACAUGUAUUAUAAAAUUAACAAAGGGAGUGGAAGACCAUUGAUCAUCAUUCAUAUCAAAGUUAUAAGAUAUAUAACCAUUUACCACUGCACAUAUAUAGAUUCUGAGACGCAUGACUGUUUAGCGCCAUACGUGUAAUGGCUCUAACUCUCAUAGCUCACAGCCAUGUAGUUUGAGGGUGUAACAGCUGUUGACAUUGUGGCACCAACACCCUCAUACGGUGGAUGACUGUGUCUUACAGGGGUUCUUUUCAGUAAUGGUGAAAGAUGGAAGCAGCUACGACGCUUUUCCCUCACGACUCUGAGAAAUUUCGGGAUGGGUAAACGAUCCAUUGAAGAGAGGAUUCUGGAGGAGGCUCAGUGUCUUGUGGCUGAACUCAGGUCAUACAAAGGUAGGUAUGCAGGGAUAGAAAAGAGUGUGCGUGUAUCUGUGUGUGUUAUACUGAGAUGAAAAACAAUACAUUUCAUUUUUUCAUAUCUCCUUUAACUGGUUUCUAAUGUGUUAUUCUACACCCUGAUCUAUCAUUUACUUUUUGGAUCUACAGGGAAGUCCUUUGACCCGACCACCAUCCUCGUACAGUGUGUUUCCAACGUAAUCUCCUCCAUUGUGUUUGGAAGUCGCUUUGAAUAUAAUAACAAAAAAUUGCAGACACUCCUCAGCCUGUUUGCUGCUACCUUCAACGACAUGAGCAGCAAGUGGGGACAGGUAGAGGAUAAGAUAAUAUUCUAAUCUGCACCGUGUCUGUCUCUUAGCACUAAAAUAAUUACUGCAGUUUAGAUGCAUUCACACAGGAAGGAACGUCGUAACACUUAAUAUCUUUGUAUUUACUGAUCUACAGUUAUAUGAGAUGCUUCCCAUGGUCAUGAAGUACAUUCCAGGCCCUCAUCACAGGAUAAACAAACACCUCAACAAGCUUCUUGAGUUUGUUUCAAAAAGAGUGAAAAAUAAUGAAGAAACUCUGGAUUCCGACUCACCCAGAGACUACAUAGACUGUUUCCUGAUCAAAAUGCAGCAGGUACUGACUCUGCUCAAUAGCUUUACUGAGCCCCAAGGUGGGGAUAACAAUUAGUUAAAAUUAUAUCUCUUGUAAGUUCACCCACAAUUAAAUACAUAUUACUACUAAAUCGCAAAGAAAAACUGUUUAAUUUAAACAUUGUCACCUGCUAACAAAGCUUUUAUUGAUACUGCUCUAAAAAAUUACCACCCCCACUGCAGCUCCCUACACCUCCUAUAACCCACACUACCUGAGCAGCACGCUCACUGCAGAUCUCCACACCUCCUCUAACCCACACUACCUGAGCAGCACGCUCACUGCAGCUCCCCACACCUCCUAUAACACACACUACCUGAGCAGCACGCUCACAGCAGCUCCCCACACUUCCUAUAACCCACACUACCUGAGCAGCACACUCACUGCAGCUCCCCACACCUCCUAUAACCCACACUACCUGAGCAGCACGCUCACUGCAGCUCCCUACACCUCCUAUAACCCACACUACCUGAGCAGCACGCUCACUGCAGCUCCCCACACCUCCUAUAACCCACACUACCUGAGCAGCACACUCACUGCAGCUCCCCACACCUCCUAUAACCCGCACUACCUGAGCAGCACACUCACUGCAGCUCCCCACACCUCCGAUAACCCACACUACCUGAGCAGCACAUUCACUGCAACUCCCCACACCUCCUGUAACCCACACUACCUGAGCAGCAUGCUCACUGCAGCUCCCCACAACUCCUAUAAACCCACACUACCUGAGCAGCAUGCUCACUGCAGCUCCCCACACCUCCUGUAACCCACACUACCUGAGCAGCACACUCACUGCAGCUCCCCACACCUCCUGUAACCCACACUACCUGAGCAGCACGCUCACUGCAGCUCCCCACACCUCCGAUAACCCACACUACCUGAGCAGCACAGUCACUGCAGCUCCCCACACCUCCUAUGACACACACUACCUGAUCAGCACAGUCACUGCAGCUCCCCACACCUCCUAUAACACACACUACCUGAAUAGCAUGCUCACUGCAGCUCCCCACACCUCCUAUAACACACACUACCUGAGCAGCACGCUCACUGCAGCACCCCACACCUCCUAUAACCCACACUACCUGAAUAGCAUGCUCACUGCAGCUCCCCACACCUCCUAUCACCCACACUCUACCUGAGCAGCACACUCACUGCAGCUCCCCACACCUCCUAUAACUCACACUACCUGAGUAGCACGCUCACUGCAGCUCCCCACACCUCCUAUAACUCACACUACCUAAGCAACAUGCUCACUGCAGUUCCCCACACCUCCCAUAACACACACUAUCUGAGCAGCACGCUUACUGCAGCAUCCCACACCUCCUAUAGCCCACACUACCUGAGCAGCACACUCACUGCAGAUCCCCACACCUCAUAUAACCCACACUACCUGAGCAACACACUCACUGCAUCUCCCCACACUACCUGAGCAGCACGUUCCCUGCAGCUCCCCACACCUCCUAUAAACCACACUACCUGAGCAGCACACUCACUGCAGCUCCCCACACUUCCCCACAUCUUCUAUAACCCACACUACCUGAGCAGCACGCUCACUGCAGCUCUCCACACCUCCUAUAACACACACUACCUGAGCAGCAUGCUCACUGCAACUCCCCAUACCUCCUAUAACACACACUACCUGGGCAGCACACUCACUGCAGCUCCCCACACCUCCUAUAACACACACUACCUGAGCACCAUGCUCACCACAGCUCCUCACACCUCCUAAAACACACACUACCUGAGCAGCACUCUCAAUGCAGCUCCCCACAACUCCAAUAAUCCACACUACCUGAGCAGCAUACUCACUGCAGCUUUCCACACCUCCUAUAACACACUCUACCUGAGCAGCACACUCACUGCAGCUCCACACACCUCCUAUAACUCACACUACCUGAGUAGCAUGCUCACUGCAGCUCCCCACACCUCCUAUAACUCACACUACCUAAGCAACAUGCUCACUGCAGUUCCCCACACCUCCCAUAACACACACUACCUGAGCAACACGCUUACUGCAGCAUCCCACAACUCCUAUAGCCCACACUACCUGAGCAGCACACUCACUGCAGCUCCCCACACCUCAUAUAACCCACACUACCUGAGCAACACACUCACUGCAUCUCCCCACACUACCUGAGCAGCACGCUCCCUGCAGCUUCCCACACCUCAUAUAACCCACACUACCUGAGCAACACACUCACUGCAGCUCCCCACACCUCCUAUAACACACACUACCUGAGCAACAUGCUCACCGCAGCUCCUCACACCUCCUAAAUAACACACUACCUGAGCAGCACUCUCAAUGCAGCUCCCCACAACUCCAAUAAUCCACACUACCUGAGCAUCACGCUCCCUGCAGCUCCCCACACCUCCUAUGACCCACACUACCUGAGCAGCACACUCACUGCAGCUCCCCACGCUUCCCCACACCUUCUAUAACCCACACUACCUGAGCAGCACGCUCACUGCAGUUCUCCACACCUCCUAUAACACACACUACCUGAACAGCACGCUCACUGCAGCUCCCCACACCUCCUUUAACACACACUACCUGAGCAGCACACUCACUGAAGCUCCCCACGCUUCCCCACACCUUCUAUAACCCACACUACCUGAGCAGCACGCUCACUGCAGUUCUCCACACCUCCUAUAACACACACUACCUGAGCAACAUGCUCCCUGCAGCUCCCCACACCUCCUAUAACCCACACUACCUGAGUAGCAGUACAAAGAUUAAGUUGUUAUGAUAGAAAAUCCUGGCCACUCUGGCUUUUUCCUUCCAACCAAGUUUCCAGUUUCUAAGAGGAAGCCAGGGGCUGUCUGAGAGGAUGAGAACAUUAGCUGACACUCUUAGCACUAACCUCUUAUUGAGUAAACUGCAUUAAAACAUCAUCUCUUCGAUUUUCAGUUACUUUUUAUCAAAUAUACCUUUUCUCUAAUUGUAAAGUGCUACAGAGUUUGUUGGCGCUAUAUAAAUGCUAAGAAUAAUAAAAGGUGGUACUUUUCUCUCGCAGUUUUCUUAAUGGGAAGCUAGUGAUAGCCUUAAAGUGUCAGCUGCCUGUCUAACCACUACACAGUUUGAGGCUUUGUUACUGAGGCAAAGGACUUCACUGGAAGAAUUGGGGACAAAAAUGUAAUCUUUUUCUUGCGUUUGAGAUUCUGUAAAAAAAUCUGUCCGUUUUGAAAUCUGUAAUGCAUCGCUGAUGUUCCCCGAGAAGAUUUUAAAAUUAGAGAAACACAGAUUUAUCUCUCAUUAUUAAAGCAGCACUGUCAUUCCGAACUUACCUUUCCUCAAUCUCUUCCAAUUCUUCCCCUCUCUCAGGAUCUGUUCUUCUUUUCUUCCUGUCUUCUUUAGUUUAAAAUCAUAAGACAAAGUAGUGACUCUUUGCCUUAAGGAGGUCUCCUCCGCUUGACCAUCUCUGACCAAACGGAGGAGCAAAGUGUUCUUCAUUUCCGCUGGUCAGAGCAAUUUUCCCAUGAUCCUUACCUUUCCUCUGUGUUCCCGCGAUGCUUCCUGUCAUUUUAGACUAAACUGUCGAAUUGCGUUCUAACUGAAUGAGAACAGUAUGUUCGUUUCUUUUAGAACUCAUUUCGGCACUUUAUUCGUGUCGGAAUUUCAUUCGAAUGAAUGAAACUCCUAUCCUAUUCGUGCUGUGGCUGCAUCUUGCAGCCACUUAGUAGAUAACUCCCUAAUUCCCACAGUAUCAGGAAAUUAUCUACUAAAAGGCUGAAAGACCUAAAUUGGUCUUUCAGCCACGUUUACUAAUACUACGUAAAAAUUACUUAGUAUUAGUAAAUGCUGCCCCUACUCGCUAUACCGCCACAGGCUGCUCACUGUAAAAAAAAAAAAAACCUAUCAGCCCUAAAGUAAAAUAAGGGCGAAGACCUACUGUCCUCCCCCCCGGCCCCCACUCUUGGGCGGCGGGAGGGUACCCUAAGUCAAAUUCCCCCCCCAUUAAAGGUGACUAGAAGUCCCCAAGCACCUAUUCACCCACCACCCACCCAAAUAAAAAAUCCCCUUCCUACCCCCCUCACCCUAAAAAAAUAGUGAGGGGGGAAUAAAAUUACUAACCCCCUGGCCCCCACACCUGUGCGGCAGAUGGGGGCCUUAAUGAUAAUGAGGGGGGAGAACCUACUGUCCUCCCCCCUCCAGCCCCCACCCCUGGCCGGUGGGUGGGUACCAUAAUGAUAAUGUGGGGGGGGACCUACUGUCCUCCCCCCCGAGACCUCCCCUGGACGGCUGGUGGGGUGCAAAUGAUAAUGGGGGGACCUACUGUUCUCCCCCCUGGGCGGCAGGUGUGGGCCAUAAUUAUAAUGGGGGAACUACUGUCCUCCCCACCCCUGGGCGGUGGGUGUGGGUCAAAUGAUAAUGGGGGGUACCUACUGUCCUCCCCCUGCCCCCACCCCUGGGUGGUGGGUGGGGGCUAUAAAGAUAAUGAGGGGGGACCUACUGUCCUCCCCCCCCCCGGCCACCCACCCCUGGGCGGCGGGUGGGGGCACUAAGUCAAAUUCCACCCCCCCAUCAAAGGUGACUAGGGGUCCCCAAGCCCCUAGUCACCCACCACCCAACCCAAAUAAAAAGUCACCUACCUACCCCCCUCACCCUAAAAAAUUGUGAGGGGGAAUACAAUUACUAACCUGUAAAGUAAAAUUAAACUUACCAUUCGACGUCUUCUUUUUUCUAAAAUCUUCAUUUUUCAGACCCCAAAAAGGCCAAAUAAAAAACCAUCAUAUCCGUCGAACUUAAAAUAAAAUAAAAACCGGAGCGCAAAAAAAAAAAAAACAGUUAAAAAGAAAAAACCUGAGCGCAAAAAAAUAAUCCAUCUUCACCCAUGGAGGGCUCCACGCAGACUGAGCUCCGCAGUGCAGGGGAAGGCUUAUAAAGCCUUGCCCCGCCCUGUAAUUAGGCUAAGAACACUCUGAUUGGUGGGUUUAAGCCAAUCAGAGUGCUCUUUGUCAUUUUACACAGCAUGGGAAAAUUCCAAAGAACUUUCCCACGCUGUGUAAAAUGACACAGAGCACUGUGAUUGGAUGGAUUUUAAGUCAUCCAAUCAAAGUGCUCUGUGUCAUUUUACACAGCGUGAGAAGAUUCCAAAGAACUUUCCCACGCUGUGUAAAAUGACAAAGAGCACUCUGAUUGGCUUAAACCAUGCGGAGCUCAGUCUGCGUGGAGCCCUCCAUGGGUGGAGAUGGAUUAUUUUUUUUGCGCUCGAGUUUUUUCUCUUUCGUCUGUUUUUUUUUGCGCUCGGGUUUUUUAUUUUAUUUUAAGUUCGACGGGUAUGAUGGUUUUUUAUUUGGCCUUUUUGGGGGCUGAAAAAUUAAGAUUUUAGAAAAAAGAAGAUGUCGAAUGGUAAGUUUAAUUUUACUUUACAGGUUAGUAAUUUUAUUCCCCCCUCACUAUUUUUUAGGGUGAGGGGGGUAGGAAGGGGAUUUUUUAUUUGGGUGGGGGGGUGGGUGGGUGACUAGGGGCUUGGGGACCCCUAGUCACCUUUAAUGGGAGGGGAAUUUGACUUAGGACCCCCACCCGCCGCCCAGGGGUGGGGGCUUGGGGGGGAGGACAGUAGGUCCCCCCUCAUUAUCUUUAUGGCCCCCACCCGCCGCCCAGGGGUGGGGGCUGGGGGGGAGGACAGUAGGUCUCCCCCCAUAAUCAUUUAGCCCCCACCCACCGCCCAGAGGUGGCGGCCGGUGUGGGAGGACAGUAGGUACUCCUCCUCAUUAUCAUCAUGGCCCCCACCUGCCGACCAGGGGUGGGGGCGGGGGGAGGACAGUAGGUCCCCCCCUCAUUAUCAUUAUGGCCUCCACCCGCCAUGCAGGGGUAGGGCCUGGGGGGAGGACAGUAGGUCCUCCUCCUCAUUAUCAUCAUGGCCCCCACCCGCCGCUCAGGGGUGGGGCUGGGGGGGAGGACAGUAGGUCCCCAUCCCCCCCAUUGUAAUUUGUGGCCCCCACCCACCGCUCAGCGGUAUAGCGAGUAGGGGCAUUGGGGAGAUUUUAUUCUCCUUUAUGCUAUUAUAGGGGUCAUAUUGACCCCCAUAUCGUGAGGGGGGGACCUGGGGUCAUUAUGAAGUGGCGGGGAGCACUGCUCCCUGCCACUUCUAUCUUUACAUAUUACAAAGAGGGAGCUGUGUGCCGGUAGCUCCCUCCUUGUAAUAAACUGCACGAACAAAUGUUAUUGAUAUUCAAAUGAUAUUCAGUGUUUGUUUGUUCAUCUGACAUUUCUAUUCAUUCAUUCGUCUUUCUGAUGAAUGAAUGAAUAGAUGAAAUUCCCGUUCGCAUGUCCAUGUGUUUAACUGGGCAUGUGCGGGAAUUUCAAAGUCUAUCUAUUGUGGGCAGAUGACGUGUCCCACACCUUCCUCGACCCACACAAAGAUGGCGGCACCCUGAAUAAAGAUCGGGGCAGAAAAUAAAGAAUAAUAAAUAGGUAAUAUGGGGCAUUUGGGGGUGACUAAGGGGUCAAUUAGAGAUAGUGGAGGGUUAAAAAACCUAACAAGGUCACCCACUAAGGUGACAAUUCCAAAUGAAUUUACAAUAGUAAAAAAAACUGGAACAACAAUUGUGUAAAUCAACUAUUCAAUUCUCACUUUAUUAAAUAACCCUGUAUAUAUUCUAUUCUCUAAUUUAUUUAUUAUCUCAAAUCUGUUAUUUUAGGAAAAACAAAAUCCAAUGACAGACUUCCACAUGAAAAACCUGCUGAUGACUGUUCUGAACCUUUUCUUUGGUGGGACUGAAACUGUGAGCACCACUCUACGGCACGGGUUCCUCAUACUUCUAAAAUAUCCCGAGAUAGAAGGUGCAAACCAAAAUGAGCCUUCACUGGGAGAUUUAAUUCAAGGACAUUAAUACAUCUAAGACGUUUCAGUGAAAAAAACCUCAAAUGAGAAUUACCAACUAGUGUUAUCAUUCGACAGUAGAGUAUACUCACUGACUGAGUCACUCACAGGUUUGGAAAUAAAACAACCUUUACUUGUUGCUUUACAGCCAAGUUGCAUGAAGAAAUAGACCAUGUGAUUGGACAGAACCGCAGCCCAACCAUUGAGGAUCGGAGCCAAAUGCCGUAUACCGAUGCUGUGAUCCAUGAAAUCCAGAGAUUUAGUGAUGUUUUCCCGAUGAAUGUUCCUCACUCGGUCACACAAGAUACUAAGUUCAGAGGAUACGAUAUACCCAAGGUAUGGAGAGAAAAACACUCGACCGUCUAUAGAAUGUCAGAUUAUUACUUUCAUCAAAGAUAAUUGUAUUUACACAUUAUACUACCUACUCAAAAUUUCCACUCAUCCUCUAACCAUUGGGGAAUGAAUAUUAUUAAGUCCUAGAGAGUAGUAUUUUACCCCUGCAUUAAUGUGCAUUAGACCUACAGAGUAAGAGUAGCAAGUAAACUUUUGGAUCUGUCUGUAGUGCAGGACUUGACAUUUUGAGAUUUAAACUGUAGUAAACGUCUGUACUUAUAUAGUGAAGGUAUUUACCCAUCUCUGAAUCCAGCCAAGUAAGACAUUGUAACUGCACACACAUUCCAGGCAUGUUCGUUGGUAUAUUAGCUACCCCCUUGGCAAACACUGUGUUUACAUAAAAUUAUUUGUGAAUUGAACAAAUUUCAUCAUGCCAUCCCACCCUUAAAAUAUUUUAAUAUUUCAACUAUUUGUGUUGGUAUUUGCAAAUUAUAAAUCAAAGUCAAACAGCAGCAUCUGAGGAGAUGCACUUAGAAUUCUGCGUAAAGUCAAUUCGCACACGCAAGAACAUUUUUGUUUUGUAUUUGUGUGAAUAUAACAGCACUGAUAGAACUAAUGAGAAGAAAACUCAAAACAAAUGAGGGCAAAUGAUGGUUGCACCAACUCUAACAAUUGUCCACAAAAAUUUGACUGUGCAUUAACUUAUUCCCACCUCCUGGAUAUUAAUGCAACGAGUAACUAUGUAUAUGUCUGCUCAAAAUUCUAAAUACACAUAGGUGAAAGUUUAUAUUUAAAGAUCAGUCUGGGCACCUGCCAAUAAUAUCCUCAAGGCUGACUUAGUAUUUUAUUCAUCUUAUAUGAUUAUAUUUUUCCCACAGCAUGUCCCUGUUCACAGUAUUUAUUAUUUUUCUCCUCUCUUAUCAUCCAUCCCACCCCAACAGGGCACUGACGUUUACCCAUUACUUUGUACCGUUCUUCGAGACCCCAAACAGUUCGCCACUCCCAACAAGUUCAACCCGAACCACUUUCUGGAUGAACAUGGGCACUUCAAGAACAACGAGGCUUCCAUGCCAUUCUCUACAGGUAACGGCCAAAUAAUGUAACUACAUAAUAAUAAAAUAAAUAGUAUAAAAUAAUAAUACUUACAUUAUAAGAACAUAAAAACAUAAGACUUUAACUUUUAUUAUCAACUCCAUAUCCUUCCAAAAGGUUACACCAGCAAUAACACAAAACAUAAUGUCAAUAUGUACAUAGAAUAAUUAAAUAACAAGAUUAAACAAGACUUUGAAUACACACGAUAUGCUAAGCUCUUCACUACAAACUAGAGUAUUAAACUCAGAGAAUUGUAAUAUGAAAAAUUGAUUUGAAAGCAAAUAUUAUUGUCAACAUUUUGUGCACUUUCUAAAGAAAAAAACAUAUACACCAGAAAGAUAAAUUAUAUUGUCAAUUGUGUGAUAGAAUAACAAGCAAGAUUUUAAAAAUAAUGCUUUGAUUUUCACGACCUUAAUAUUAGUUUAAAGGACCACUAUAGUGCCAGGAAAACAUACUCGUUUUUCUGCCACUACAGUGCCCUGAGGGUGCCCCCACCCUCAGGGAACCCCUCCUGUCUGGCUCUGGGGAGAGGAAAGGGUUAAAAUUUGCCUUUUUUUUUUUCCAGCGCUGGGUGGGGAUCUCUCUUCCUCCUCUCCGCCUCCGAUCCUCCUCUUUGGCUGAAUGCGCAUGCGCGGCAUGAGCUGUGCGCGCAUUCAGCCAGUCUCAUAGGAAAGCAUUUCCAAUGCUUUCCUAUGGACGCUUGCGUCUUCUCACUGUGAUUUUCACAGUGAGAAGCACGCAAACGCCUCUAGUGGCUGUCAAUGAGACAGCCACUAGAGGAUUUGGAGGCUAGAUUAACCCAUUUAUAAACAUAGCAGUUUCCCUGAAACUGCUAUGUUUAUAUAAAAAAGGGGUUAAUCCUAGAGGGACCUGGCACCCAGACCACUUCAUUAAGCUGAAGUGGUCUGGGUGCCUAGAGUGGUCCUUUAAGAAUACUAGGGAAUGGUGCCUAUCCCUUCCUCAAUCCAUUGGUCCAAACUCCAUAAUAAGACAACUAGGCGAUGCACAAUACCAGUCCUCAUGAGGCCAGAGAGAAAUCCCCAUCCUUCUGUUAAUGAUACUGAAGGAAACUCAGUUUACCCCCCCUUACCAAAAAGAGGACACACAGAUACUCAAUACACUUAAUUCCUAUGAGUUUCGAGGUACUAUUCCACCAAAACCCCCAACAUUUAAAUUACUCACUUCGCUCACCUCACCAGUAAUAAAGAUUAGGGAGGAAUGGGGGGGGGGGAGGGUGGCGCAAUAUAAAACAAGAACACUGUAGCUAGAAUAUAUGUCAUACUUAUCUAUCAAAGUCUGGCUUAAAGAUCUUCUAUUUUCUUUUACUAUACAAAAAGAAUAUUGUAACCUAAAGCAACUCUAAUGAAAACAAAAUAUAAACCAAUUGCAAAAAAAAAGGAAUUGGGAAAAUGUAAAAAUGUAUUCAAAUUCUUGAGGGUUCAAACUUUAUAUAGUCAUAAAACCUGACUUAAUAAGAUUUUAUAAGGAAUUCUAAUGACCACAUUGCCCUCUAUAUUCCAAAUGAGAGUGGGAGGGAGGAGGGGGAGGGAAACAUUGCUGGUAUUUUAUCUACUUCUUCUAUGGGACCACAAGUUUUAAAAAUAUUUUUUUUUUGGGUGGUUUUUUUCUAAUUUGAUUAUUGUUAUUGUUUUUGUAAUUUUAGAACCACAGUGCAUUGCUCUAGUCAAUGAGUAGCACUGACAGGGUUAAAUGAAACAUCGCUAAAUAAAAAAUAGCUAAAAUUAAAAAUGGUUCAUUGGAAGAUAGACAGACAGACAGAACAGAAACAGACAGACAUUUUUUCUUCUGUGUUCAGAUUAUUAAAUGCCCAUUAUUGUAUUAUUUUCUUUCUCCAGGGAAGCGGAUCUGCCUGGGGGAGGGUUUAGCACGGAUGGAGCUCUUCCUCUUCCUGACCACCAUCUUGCAGAACUUCAAACUGUCCUCAAAAACACAAUUCACUGAGUCUGACAUCAGCCCUAAAAUGAAUGGAUUCACAAAUUACCCAGUUCCGUAUCAGCUCUCAUUCAUUCCCCGUUAG